UGUACGAAAUGUGCUAUAUAAAUAAACUUGCCUUGUCUUUUUUAAGUAUAUGCCUACAAAAUAUCUUCUUUUGCGUUCAACCGAAUAAAGAAAUUCAUAUCAGCAUGAAGAAUCUUAAUUUUGUGGGUGAACUAUUACUUAACAGUUACAGUAUAUGAAAUAAACAUUUUUACCACUUUUUAACUUUAAAAAAAAAAAAAUUAUGAGCUUUAUAUGUGUGUCUUUAAGGAAAUCUUGAAAACAAGAACCUGUUUUUAAUGACUUGCCUGGUUACAUAAAGGUUAAAUGAAAAAUACAAUAAUCAAGAUAGUUGUUUAUGCACAUACAGAUAUAAAACUAUCCCAAAAUAUAUCAACCCAACCCUUUCAUUAUUGUGGUAUAGUUUUGUAAAAGCAGUUUUUGUUCAGGUAGAUACCUCAAAAUGCAUUCGUUUCAAAUUAAAAGCGUUCCUGAACUCUUCAGAAAAACUUCAGAAUUAUUGUACAAGAAAGUAUAGUAAUGAACAUGAACGCAUCUUGAUAAUAGAGGGGCAUGUUGUCACGUGACGUCACAUCGCAACUGAAGAGAUUAGUUUAAAUCGGAAAGCUCUUUAUCGAUUGAUCGAAACACGUGAAAUUCCUUCCAACCUUUUGCGAGGAAUAUUGGUGACGUAAGAGCGGUCUCUCCGGUUUGUGUAACAGCAGCGGGCGCGCGCUGGAAGCGGCAUGACGCGGUCCCCGCCUCUUGCUGGAGGCGAGAUAAAUAUAACGCGCGGUCCGUCAAACAACAGACAACACGACUCAUCUCCUGCAACAUGGACGAGCAAAGAUACCCCCUCAAUAUUCAGCUUGUUGGAGUGAUGCAGAAAGAAGUAGCUAAGUUGUACAUGACCACUGUACUCUGGUCAGACCAAAAUGAGAUCACUGUGUACAGAUCGCUCGAAGACUUCAAGAAGCUGCAUAGACAACUCAAGAAGAAAUUCCCUCCUUCAAACCCCUUUAGAAGGUCAGGAAGGAUUGUUCCCAAAUUUAAAGCUGCAAGAGUGCAGAAGAGCAUGCAGAAGUGGAGCCCCAGUAAGUCGGUGCUCAGACUGAAGGCUCUGGAAGAAUACUGCAGUGAACUGCUGAAGAGCGACCCCCGUAUCUGCCAGAGCUCAGAGCUCCUCCAGUUCCUGCUUCCCAAACCCCAGGACCUCGAUUCGGACUUUGCCAAAAACAGUAUCGUGAUCAUGCCAUCAGAAACCUCCCUGAGCAGCGGUAAUGCUGGAAUAAACAACGUUACUCAACCCUUUGUUACUGAAACAUACCGAUGCAUAGCUACUUUUGAGACCAAGGACACCAAGAAUCGGCCCUUCAAGGUUGAGGUGGAUGAGACUGUGGAUGUGCUCAUUAAAGACCAAAAAGGAUGGUGGCUGGUGGAAAAUGAAGCCAAGAAUCUCGCUUGGUUUCCUGCUCCUUAUCUGCAGAGAGCUGAGAUGGAUGAUGAUGGUCCCGAUGUGAUGGACGGCGAAAGCGUUUUCUAUGUUGCCGCCAAAAGUUACAGAGCCAUGAACAGUGAUGAACUAUCAGUGGAGAUCGGGUCUGUGGUGGAGGUGUUACAGAAGUCUGACAACGGCUGGUGGAUAGUGAGGUACAAUCGAAAGGCGGGAUUCGUACCAUCUAUGUACCUGCAACCAUACAAUGACCCACGGAUGCACCUGAUGCCUGCUAAGAGGGAGAUGACCAGCUCCACUCUUGACUUGACACGGCUUCAACGUCCUGGAGAAAAUUUCCUGCAGGUCUCUAGCCGUGAGCUCAGCAGAUCCCAGGGCAACCUGGGACCUCCAAGAAGCACCCUGGACCCUAAAGAUAAGCAGAUGUCACGAUCAAUGAGUAGACUGCCGGACGCUCAUACAACAUGGCUGAAUCCACCAUCAGUGCGAGUGGAGUUUGUCGAGAAUGGGCACCAAAGCAGUGUGAGCUACGACAGCGAAGAUUUCAGCGACGAAAGCAGCUUCUCCGGCAGCGAUUCACUAAAUUGCUCAUACACAGGAGAGCAAUUACGCAGGAGUUGCACCCCUACGCCUGACUCCUCUGGCAGCCUGAGCCCUGAAAGUGCCGGAGAAGACAAGAUGAUCAGCAGCAGAUCAGACCCCAGUCUCAACAAGAUGCCCUCCUCCCCCAAGGUACCACCCAGACCCCAAGCUCAGGAGAUACUCAACCGCUGCACCACCGUCACACGCAAAAACCUGCAGAGAACCAGUUAGGCCGAUGUCUCAAGCACUUCAGGUUACAUGCUUGAGGAGAGCAUCUGAGAGUCCACGUCCAGGACAGCAUUAAUGUCCACUGGCGUAACGCUUGCUUGAUGCUAUUGUGAUUAUUUGAUGGACAACUUAUGGAGAGAUUCUUGCUACAUAUUUAUACUACUAGAACUAAGCUGAGAUCUUAUUCUUGGAACAGAAUUAUUACGCAUGUUACAAAUGAUGGGUCUCUAAGUUUCUAUAAAAGCUGCUCUUGGGAUCUGAUAAAUGUAGAUGAUCUUGUAUGUAGAAAUGUAGAAAAGAUAAUGAUCGACAUGAAUAUUUGUAUGUUUCUUAGUUUUCGCUUUCUUUUUCCAUAGUGGAAAUUAUCACUUGUGCCUUAUAUGCAUUGUAUAUCCUGACAUAUAUUAUACAUAUACAUAUAUAUUCUCUUCAGAGUUGACUCGUUGCAUUAUUUUAACCAACGUUGAAUCCCUGGAAACAUAAAAUAAAAUCUAUAACCAAAAUUCCUGGAGUGUUCAUUCCUGCUGAUGGAUUGUUAAAGAAGCAUAUCAGUGCUGAAAAUAUCUAAAACACAGGCCAGAUCAGUUCUUUAAGGACCAACAUCCAAGUCAGAGGUCUCCAAUCCUUAGCUCCAACUCAAUCAAUCCCACCUUAACCAGCUAAUUUAUUCCUUUAUCUGAAAGAGUAGAGUUUGGCAUUAACAACACCAAGGUCAUGGGUUUGAUUUACAUGCAUGAAAGACGACAAAAAACGUAGCAGGAUUGGACACCCUUGACAUUUUAAAGAGCUGGUUCCAGUUUUUCACCUACCAUGUCUUUCUAUACAAAAGAUUUAAGUGCAUGGGAUAUGUCUAUAAUGCACAGUAAAUGCAAUACAUGUCAGCAGUCAAAACUGUACACACCGUACCCUUAAACCUUAAACAAAGACCCUUAAACAAAAUCUGUUUUUGCGUAACCAAAUGUGAUUAAAUAAAAUGAAACAUUUUACUUGUUUCUUGG